UUUUUAAGAAAAUUAAAGGAUUUUAAGUGUGCCUUAUAGUCUGAAAAAUACGGUAGUUAUAAAACAGCUUGGUAAUCAUGUGCAAAGGAACUGUUUAUUUUAAGAGUUGCAGCAUUCCAUACUACUAAUCAUUUUACUACAUUAGUCAUGGAGUUCCACAGGGUUCUGUACAGGGACCAUUAUCUUUUUAUUUCCCGUAGCCAACAUUAUUUGAAAAUACUGUAUUUUUUUCUUUGCUAUAUAGUGGAUACCUGGCCACAGGCCGUUAUUAAGCCAAAUAACACAAAUCACUUAAACUAUGAACGAGUGGUACAUUCCAUCUCGAAACAGGACAUUUUUAAAACAUUCAUUACUUGACCGUCUCUGAUUUGCCUAAAAACAUUAUGCUCUAAAGUCCAGACAUGUAUAAUGAUUCCUGUGAUUUUUUAGUUUCCUAUAUCGAAUACUUUUCUAGAUAUUGAUACUUUUAAAAAGCACUGUUCUCCCACUUCCAAGCCUUUUUUCUUUCUCUUUGAAAUCUGAGGCAAUGAUGAACAUGAAAAACUAUUAAAGAUAAAAGCAUGAUAUUUUCACCUGCCUUUCCUACCAUUAAAUUGAAUCAGGAGCUGUAAUUUGGGACAGAUGCAUCAAAAAAUGUUUGAGUACUGGCUCUUUAAAAUACAAAAAAAAGUCUCAUAUUUGACUACACACUACUAAAGAAACUCCACAUUGCAAAAAACAACUAGUGACAAUUUCAGAGGAGUAUAUAGUGGUGCAAAAUAGAGCAUGUAGAAUAUUUUUUUAACAUUAAAUUAUUAUUCACAAAAUUGUGCAAAAUGCUGGAAAUGGGUUGAAAGACCAUUUUUCUGUCUGGCAUUAUCUUUCCCUCCAUAACACUGAGGAACCUGGGAGUUACUUUUGGCCAGGAUAUGUCCUUCAGUGUGCACAAUAAACAAAUAUGUAGAAUUUAUUUCUUUCAUCUCUGUGACAGUGACAGUGAAAAACUAGUUUGUGCAUGUGUUACUCUGAGGCUGAAUUUAAUUCAUUGCUAUCAAGUUGUUUAAAAAAUAAGUUCCCUGAAAGCCUUCAAUCGAUCCAUGAUGAUGCAGUGCGACUACUAACAGGGACAAAAACGAGAGACCCUAUUGUGCCUAUUAGCUUCUCUUAACUAGCUCCCUGUUAAAUCAACAGUUAAAUUUAAAGUUCUUAUCGUCACAUGCAAGGUACUGAAUACUGUUAAAGAGUGUUAAAAUAAAUAAAUAAAUAAAUAAAUAAAUAAAAUCAAAUUCAACUGAAUUCACAGGAUUUCACAUUUCAUAAGACCAUUUUGUAUAAUAUAAUGAUGGUGAUGUCACUUGGUGUAUUGUGUAAGAUUUAUUUACCCACAGAGAUUUAUCACCUGGCUCUACAAUAUCCCGCAGCUCUGUGGAAAAUUUUAGCAUCUUUCACCAUAUUUUUUUAAAAUACAGUAGCUUCACUCAUCAGCUUCAGGCAGACAGAUGUGUUUAACAAAAAUAUGUCAUGUUGGAUUACAGAAGAAACCUUUUAAACUGACCUCUUACUUACUCUUAACUGUUUUGCUGAACUGCUGAAACAACACAGUAACCUUAAGGCUUUAAACCAGGUGAAUAUGUGCUCUGCAAGCGGCAGUUUUUCCUCUGUGUAACCGAGAGUGGGUGGGAAGGCAGAUAUUCUGAAGAUUAAUCAAUAAUAUAGUUGUAGGAUUAAAGAAGUAUUACUUUGUUGUUGGGAAGAGGUUGUGUCUGGGAAGCACAUUGUGCUUUUUUUUAAUCUCCAAAAGCUGCACGCAAACCGUAGCUAUCUUUUUUCUGUUGGUGCAAUCUUUCAGUGAAUGCUAAAGUGGAAACUAAUACUGCAUAUGGAAGGACAGUUUUCAAAUGGAGCUAAAUAAAUGGAAAAUUUCAAAAUGCGACACUAAUCAGCAGGUGAAGAGCUCUUGAAAGAAUUUUUUUUUUUAAAUAGAUCAUUUGGGAAAUCCCCAACAAAAAGUGAAAUUGGGUUGUUUCACUGAAAGUUGUUUCAUCGUUAAAGUGAAGCAUCUUACUGAAGAGAUAGGGUCUUGGGCUCACUAUGCAAAGUGGAGGAAAAUGCGAAAAGGAAUUCCCUCUUGACCUCAUCUACAGGAAGUUACAUAACAUACAUUUCCUCUCUUCCUCUGGAACGCAAAUGCAUAUAUAUAUAAAACUGUUUCAAGUGCCAGAGGAACAGUAGCAGAUUGCAUCUAUGUGCAAACAGACCUUUGGCACUGCACUUAUAAGACUGAGGGUAAACACUGUAACUGCCUCCUUCCUUCACUCGCAGAGGAAAACGAUGCGAUUCUCAAGGUUCAAGUGGGAUUUGCAUCAAAUAUUUGCACAAAAAAAGCAACAACAACAACACAGGACAUCUCACAAAGUCAAGUCCGUCCUUGACAAUAGAAACACACCUACAAAAAGGCCUUGUCACUCAAGUUACACCUGACCAUGAUGGGUCUCUAAGCAACAACUGUCAAUGCAUGAAACGAAGGAAAGGAAACAGCACACGCUUAAUUACGUGCUGGUUGGAAUCUGUCUGCUGACUGUUGGGGGAGAAAGGGGGAGACAGGUUACAUGUGAAUAGCCUGUAAUAUCGGGACUGGUGCUUUCUUUAUUUGGGAUGGUAGUGAUUCGUUAGUUUGACAUCUCAGUGUUUUUACAUUUUGUGUUAUUGUGGGGUGGACGAGUAGAUCCAUGUUUUCGGGUAAAGUUAAAUCAAUAAAAGAGACAAUGCGCAAGGAAAAUGUUUUUACGGAGAUUAAAGGCAAAGCUGAAAAAUGAGACAUCUCUACUGUUGCAGCAAAACUAAUUCCGGUCAAAAUUGGAAACAAGAAUGUUGAUGAGGUGACGAUCACUUUUCCCCCUCUUUUUUCCCGUGAAGCCACGCGCAAAGUAGCGUCCUUUGUUAUCGCUCGUUUCCGCUCAGGCUGUUUCAUAUGCAUUGCAUUCAUAUAUAUAAUUUUUUGGUUAGAUCGCCUGACGUCUGCGUUAAAAUGUCUUAUAACCUUCAGCAACCAGGACUCUGUAUUUUUUGCACUGCGGUGGUAGCUCUCACGUCAGUUGGCCGCAAAAACAGGAAUUCAUAACAUUAUGUUUGAACACACAGAGGAAAAAAAUACAUUUUAAAGAUUAUUUUCGUUAUUUUGUGUAGCUUAAAGGGUGGUUUAACGGUCAAAGUGCGUUAGUCACUAGUAAUGCAAGUACCAGAAAUAAAACAAAAAUGGUCCAAAUUUAGAUAAAAGAGUGAUAAACGGACUGUGUUUCUAUCUAGCUGUUAUUCCUGUGGUAAGAGUCCUUAUUCUGGCUGGAUACUCUGUCAUAUCUGUUGGCGCUACCUCUGAUGUCACUGAAUGAGCAGUGCGGGCUUCCAGUGCGCACCUUCGGGGACGCAGCAGUGGCACAGCCAGUGGAUUGUGCUGUGCGUUCGCCAACUACCCGGAAACCUUUUGUUUCUCACGUUUUUCCUCGCAUCCGGAUUUCAGUCCGUGUUUGCACUUCUGCUCAUCCGCCUGGGUUUAUUCCAAUGAACUUUUUUGGAAGCGGGAAAGCAGUCGCCAGAUAUUCUGCUGUCUUGGUCUGCACCAAAUUAAGUUGAACGGUCAGUUUACGCCCAACAGCAGCAGCAGCAGCAACAGCGGCGGCGGCGGCAGCUUUCAGCACCAUGGAGAGCAACGUGGUGCACAUCUUCAAAGAGGACCGGUGUCCCUCGGGCCAGCCGGGGGAGUGCAUCCCAAACUUUACCUGGCAACCUUCGGAUAUUUUCAACUACACUGCCAACGGCACCUGGGAUGCUGAACCCGAGCCAAUGUCGCCCAUCAUCCCCAUCAUAGUCGCCGUUUACUCCAUAGUGUUCGUGGUGGGCUUAGUCGGCAAUUGUUUGGUGAUGUAUGUCAUCAUAAGAUACACAAAAAUGAAAACAGCCACCAACAUCUACAUCUUUAACCUGGCCGUGGCUGACGCCCUGGUCACCACCACCAUGCCCUUCCAGAGCACCGACUACCUGCUCAGCUCCUGGCCGUUUGGCGAGAUAGCGUGCAAAGUUUUCAUCUCCAUCGAUUACUACAACAUGUUCACCAGCAUCUUCACCUUGACCAUGAUGAGCGUGGACCGAUACGUAGCUGUGUGUCACCCUGUUAAGGCCUUGGAUUUCCGGACCCCCGUCAAGGCCAAGAUCAUUAAUGUUAUCAUCUGGGUGCUGUCGUCGGCUGCUGGGAUCCCUGCCAUGAUACUGGGCAGCACCAAUACUAAUAACGGGACUACAGAGUGUGCUUUACAGUUCCCUGAUCCCUACAUCUACUGGGACACGCUGAUGAAGAUCUGUGUCUUCAUCUUUGCAUUUGUGGCACCGGUCAUCAUAAUAACUGUCUGCUACACUCUGAUGGUCAUGAGGCUGAAGAGCGUGCGGCUGCUGUCAGGCUCACGCGAGAAGGACCGCAACCUGCGUCGCAUCACCCGUCUGGUGCUGGUGGUGGUCGCUGUCUUUGUGGUGUGCUGGACACCCAUUCACAUCUUCAUCUUGGUCAAGACGCUGUCAACAAAUGUCCCCGAGACCACGGCUGUUAUGGCUGCCUACUUCUUCUGCGUGGCGCUGGGCUACACCAACAGCAGCCUUAACCCCAUCCUCUAUGCUUUCCUGGAUGAGAACUUCAAGAGAUGCUUCAGAGACUUUUGCUGUCCCAGAACACAAGGACAAGGUGACUGUCAUGGAGUGAGCCGUGUGAGAAGCACUCUGCGGGAUCAUUCUUGCCCUGCAGAAGCUCGGGGAGGCGUAAAGCAAGCCAGGCCCGUAUGACUAGCCAUGGACAUGUCCUCUAUGCCCUAUCAGAGCUGGGAGGACUCCAAUGAGCUGGGCUUAACUCAAAUCACUACAGCUAUCUGAGAUAAAAGCCAGAGUCAGGGCCAGAUUUUUAGCUCUGUAUCCAGCACGUUGGUCAAAUAAGCCAAAAACAUGUUCACUUAAAAGAUUAGCCUGGUGCUAAUCUAUGUUUUAUUCUUACUACACAAAUCCCAUGAAAAGGUCACAACCAACAAAGAUUGGAGCUUCUAAUUUUCUGUACGCUACUCUGCUGCAAUGAAUGAGUCACUAAAGUCGCUAAAAAGUAUUAAUUCCUCACUAAAAUAGUCACCAAGGAAUACACUUCAGUCGUGUUGGAGACCACAGAACACAGAUAAUUAAGCCUUAAAAGAAUGAACUGUAUGUAAUAGUACACAGAGACGACUUAAAUUUUUAAAAGAUGCACAGACAUGAAUAGGCUUCAGUUCAAGUUAUGUAAAAAAAAGUUCUUGACAGAAAGAUGAACCUGUUGGUGGUUUUGAUAUUUAAGUAUAAAAUAGUUUAAAGUCCCACUCGCAAGUUUAUCAUUAUAAGCGUGAUGUUACUUUUUUAUUGUGUUUUUUUUUAUCUUCUUUUUAAAAAGAAAUCAUAUUCAAAGGAUAGUGGGAUGCAUCAUGAUUAUGCCCAUGCUAAAUAGUGAUAAGACGUAUACAGGCAAAAUACUACAUUAAUCAGAAGUCUUUUCAGAAAGCCAUAUUAUUUGCCAAAAAAUUGCAUCAAAAAUAUAACACUGACCCCACAAACACACUCAAGAAGUCCAGGUCUGUGAAGUGGAUUUGCAGUACUCCUUGUAUCCUUAAGCCUUAAUGCAAAAAUAAAAUGAGUUAGUUACAAACAGGAUAACAACUAAGACAAAAACCCAUCCCUGUCUAGUUGCUGUGAAUGUGGAAAUUAGCUACAGAAAUUGAAAUCAUUAUUUUUACUGCAAACAUUAAAGUCGAGUCCCAAAAGGUUGAUUCUGUUCAUCUGGACGUAGCGUUUUCAGUGGGAGAAACAUUUCGUCACUCAUCCAAGAGACUUCUUCAGUCUCAGCUGACUUUAGGUUUCCCCAACCUAAUAAACAGUACAUUUGCACAAUGACUGAAACUAGCCCAGUGAAUCAACCUGUUGGGAUUUAGUAACUUGAUGCAUGCAUCAAGACAUUAAAGUCAGGUAUUUUGACACCGCAGUCUGUGGAGAACUACUCGCUUUUGGAGACUGCCUUGAGUGGCCAAUUGAGGAAAUGCAAUUUUUGCACCUUUUCACAUUGUUGAUGGCAACACUGCAAAGAUGAAGCCAGAUGUUUAAAGAAGAUAAACACAUUUUUUAACUAGACCUGUAAACUGUCUGGGCUUUCAUAUUAACAUGAAUAAGAUCAAAGCUCUUUAAGAAACUGGAUAAAAAAAGAAAGGGACUGUCCCUGAUGAUGUUGGGAACAAUGUGCAUUACUGUGUGUCAUUGUUUUAUAGAUGUGCAUUGCAGUUUGGUGCUUUGGUGUUAAAAGUGUGUGAAUAGUCCUUUCACUUUGACAGUUAACUAAUGUAGAAUAUUUAAUAGCCUCUCAGGGAGUAAUCCUCUGAUAUUCACGACUUAAAACGCUGAAGAGAGCGAAUCAAAGUAUUUUCUCCUUGACCCGCUGCUUGACUUUGACGACGGCUUCGUUGUCAAAACAUCAGUAGGUAUUGUUCUUCAGUUGUAGGUUCAGUUUGAAGCUGAACUGUAUUAACUGCAUCUUUGAACAUUUAGAGCUGUGAUGCUGCAGUCUCUUUGAGAUAACAGGACACAGUGUCCGCCUUUUCUCAUCUACUCUGAAACUAGAACUGCAUGUAAAAGGAAAAAAAUGGGCAGAGGGCUUUAAGGCAAUCGCCAUCAGGACAACAGUGUAUUGUAUCUACACAACAGUGCUUUCAGCAUUUAGUGCAAUUUAAUGUCUAUACUGUAAAUUUCCUCUCAACCUGUCACCAUAGUCUGGGCUUGGUAAAUGUGUGUUUGUGAGUUUAUGUGCUGAAAUGUGACACGGAGCAUUAGAUUCUAAUGGCAACACAUCGGCUCUUUCAGCUUUACAUACAUUUUUCAUCAGCCGCAGACAUUCUGUAUGAAACAGUUUGUUAUUAUGGCCAUCGCUCUUUCACUGCACACAAAUACCGAAAGUUUUUUUUUAUGGUGUGUUAAAUUCCUUCCAUUUUAGAUGGUUCAAAGUGCUUCGCAAUGGUCUAUGAUAAGUCUUUAUUUCAUCUUUGUAAAACGAUUUACUGACUCGUCCUUGUUUGCUGAACUUAUUAUUGUAGCUGUUCUAGUAGCCAUCAGGUCACCCAGAUUUAAUCAAAUAAACUCUUAAAUGUAAUGUAAUAUAUUUACCUGUUUAAAUCUGAUAAAGAUAUAGUGUUAUAGCAGAAGUUGUGUUUUGUGCCUUGUUUGUGUGCCUUAUCUUCUGCACCAGAGUUCAGCUGUUGUGCUUGUUUAAAAUAAAAUAGCAGGUAGAUUUUAGCACUUACAGUUUAAGACUUGUUAUUCUUAAAGUACAGUUUAUCCCAUAUGAGCUUAGUAGCUGUAGCAUUAUGUAAGAGGAUUACCAUCUUACAGAGGAUAUGUGUUGUUAUGAUAUGUUUCUCUUAAUUAUUCCUCUAAUGCUAUUACAUUAUUUGAUGCAGCACAAUAUCAGCUCAUUAAUGUCUAAUGCUGCUGCUGCUGUGGAUGUUUGGACAUAUUUUGAUGUAUCUUUGAGCUUUGGAUGUCAAAAACACGUUUCACACAUGCACAACUAAGUCACAAUAAAGCUGAGAAAUGUGAGAUUCAAGGUGAAUACAAAGGAGAGCUUCAGUUCAGUCUUCAGUUAUAUCAGCGUGGGCACAAGGAAUUUUUUUUUUUUUUUUAAAGCUUAUUUGUCAAAAAAAGUGGUAGGAAAACUGUAUAGCCCACCUCCUCAGUGCUUCAAUUUUUCAAGGUAUUAUUAAGUAAAUUCAAUUCAGAUACAAUGUUAAUGUUUCCAUGGUGAACACACUGAGGGAGAGGCAGAGGUCCAUGCUUGUUGUGCUAAUUGUAUGGCACUUUGUGUAGUCGGCCUCGUGGAAGAAUCUGCACUGACUGUAAGUUCAGCCCCUGUGUGAGGACUUUAAUGAUAUGUUGGCGCUGCUGUGACCUUCCUAUCUUUUUAUUUAUCUUGUUGAUUUGUCUUGAUUUGUGUUUGAGCUUGUGAUUAAGACGGGGUUAUUACUAUCUGAAGGUGUGGGGAAAAGAACAAACCAAUAUUUGGGGUUUUUUAAUUUGUUUUUAAAUUGUUAACAAUAGUUGUUAAAAGUUGGCUUAAAGCCAUUUCUACUACAAUUUAACUAUCCACUCGCUGUUUAUUUAUGGUAGUUGAAAUAAAAUGUUGCCUAAUGUGAAAACUGUUUAUGUUGCUCUUAUAAAGUCAGAUAUCCUGUGACAGUUAAGAGGUUGGGAUGGAUGUUGUUGAUUCAACAAUAUAUAACUUUGUAAUGCUUUGUAAUGCAAAUCAUAAUCAAUAAUUGCAACAGUUGAGAAAAAAAUAAAGAAUAUUUGGAACACUGGAUAGACACAAAUGAAAAAUGU